GGAUCGCAUCGAUUUGGGCCUGGUAGGUGCUUGGCGGCGUUGAGUGCCUUGGAGAAUGCCAGGUUUUCGUCCCGAAGGAGGCGGCCAAGGAUGUUUGAGAGUCGUAGCUCUUUCCACACCGGAAACUCGAAUAGAUAGCCCAUGGUGAUAUCAGCCUUGUGGUAAACUGGGCAAGGUCAUGGGCACUGGCAUUGAGGCAGGAAUAGAUGCGGAUGACAUCAUUCUUGAUGGCACUUGUAUCCUGGCAGCUGUGGAUCGAGAGGAAGUGGUACUUGUCCUUCGUGGUCCAAAGAGUCCUAUCUCAGUCGCCAGGCUGCACUGUAGUGGACUGGUUUCAUCCUCGCAUGGUCUUACCACAUACGCCGGCGUGCCCCGGCGUCCCUGGGUCGGAUCGAGGGUGGACCAGAAAGCUGCAAUGUGGCCAUUUUCUUUCCUUUGGCGGCUGUAGAGGCGAACCUAUGCCCGAUUGGAUCCAGGCCAUUCGUCGCCUUUGCCAUCCUUUUGUGGGUCCAUCGAUGCUGAUCAGGGCACGCUGCCUGGUGUCGGAUCGAGGGAGGAUGGUCUUGGUGCCGGGGAAGGCUGGUGGCUUGUUGUCUGCUUUCUUCGGUACCAUGUGGCGAGGGAUGGUCUGGAUCGUGCUCGCUAGCUAUAGCUGCAGAACGAGUAUUGAUUGUAGUGGUCGAGUGUUCGUUGUCGAGUGAUUCGAUGUUCUCUCAGUCGAUCAACAUCAGCGAUUGUUAUGGGACGGCACUAUUGUAUAUUGGAUGUAUUGGAUGUAUUGAGUAUCAAAUACAACACCACUCGGCCAUUACCGCUUCAUC